AUGCUACACACACUUCAUGACGACGACGCCUAUCGGACGCACGCUAGCCCGCUUUGCAAGGAUUUCCAGGUCAUCGACGAGAGCAUCGCCCUGUCAAUGUUCGACUUUGCUACUUCACUCGUCAUUGCAUCUAGCACCCUAGUGAUAAUCUCGGCGGCUGUGCCUCUGUUUGCAGUGGUAGGAAUAGCUGUGCUGGGUGCCUACACAAGCUUUACGCUGGACUUUAUGCUGUCGCAGCGUGAGCUCAAGCGUCUAGAGUCUACCGUGUUUGCACCGGUCUUGUCGCUGUACAGCGAAUUGAUUCAAGGCAUCGAUACCAUUCGUGGGUUUGGUAUGCAGGAGGCAUACAUGGCGAAUUCACGGAGCGAUUUACCGAGGUUCAUUAUGAUCAUUGCGGUGAACUUUUGGCUCGAGUCCAUGGGUGUUGUUCGCCGGUACUGCAAUCUUGAGAUGGGCUUUAACUCGGAGGCGCCGUCCAAAUCAGGCGAGAUUGAGGUCAGAGAUUUGGUCGCUGGGUAUUUUGCGAACGAGCCUGUGCUGCACGGACUGAGUUUCAGCUCAACGUUGUCUUUGUCGCUGCUGCGGCUUGUUGAAGCUACCAGCGGGCAGGUCUUGAUUGACGGCGUGGACAUAUCCAAAAUCGGGCUUGAGGACUUGCGCCAGAGCAUCACGAUUGUACCCCAGGACCCAGUUCUAUUCAACGGCACAAUCAGAUUCAACCUGGAUCCCUUUGGCGGACGCACGCUUCUGCUCAAAUCGACCCAUGGAUCGGCAAGGGACCGAAGCGUCGCUGUAUUUGACUCUCUUGACGACGAAAUCAUCAGCAAUGGACAGAAUCUGUCACUGGGCCAGCGCCAGCUGGUGGCUUUGGCACGCACACUGACACGUCGGUCCAAGGUCAUUUUGAUGGACGAGGCUACGGCAUCGGUUGAUUUCGAGACCGACGAAGCCAUGCAGCGCACUAUCCGCGGAGCCGAAACGCUGUGUGAGAAGAGUGGAGAUAUGGAGUCGUUGACCAAAGAUGAUCAAGUGAUGAACGCCUGA